AUGGCGGACCUGUGUGCUGCCACAGGUAAGGUGUGCGAGCUCUGUCCUUUAAACUGGGUGUCAUUUAGCAGUAAAUGCUACUUCUUUUCAGAAGAAAGAAAUAACUGGUCUUCAAGCAGAGAGAACUGUCAACGGACAAAUGCAGACAUCCUUUGCAUGGAAAACCUUGAAGAAGAGAAAUUCAUUUCUGAACAAGUUUCCUUGAAGAAUGGUCACUUUUGGGUUGGUCUUAGGAAACACACAUCACAGUGGAGAUGGGAGACUGGUGGAAUAUAUCAUAAAGAACCAUCUAUCACAUCUGAAGAACAGAAGUGUGCCACCUUUGGAAGAGACAUGUCAGCUGAAAGCUGUUCUAACCCCAACAAAUGGAUAUGUGAAAAGAACAUGACUCGCUAUGUUACAUAA